UAGGUAACAGCUUCCCAGGUCAUUCUGUACACGCGAACGGCAGCAGGUCUUACUGCAGAUGAAAUUUGUCUUUCUUCACAGUCAGCGGUUUAGUGUCCAAAGUUAAAACACACACUGUUCAUCUUUUUAGUGGCAAUUUUUAAUCCACGUAAAAUGGUGUUUUAUUUCACGAGCGCCGUGGUGAACCCUUCCUUCACGAUCUACAUGGGAAAAGACAAAUAUGAAAAUGAAGAUCUUAUCAAGUAUGGAUGGCCCGAAGAUAUCUGGUUUCACGUGGACAAACUGUCCUCAGCUCACGUAUAUCUGAGAAUGCCAAAGGGUCAAACCAUUGAUGAUAUCCCACCAGAGGUGCUGAUAGACUGCGCACAACUGGUGAAAAACAACAGCAUCCAAGGCUGUAAGAUGAACAACAUCAAUGUGGUUUACACACCGUGGGCCAACCUGAAGAAAACAGGAGACAUGGAUGUUGGACAGAUCGGCUUUUAUCGACAGAAAGAGGUAAAGAUCGUGGCAGUGGAGAAGAAGAUCAACGAGAUAAUAAACCGUCUGGAGAAAACAAAAGUGGAACGGUUCCCUGAUCUGGCAGCAGAGAAGGAAUCGAGAGAUCGGGAGGAGAGGAACGAGAAGAAAGCUCAGCUGCAGGAGCAGAAGAGGAGAGAGAAGGAGGAGCAGAAAAGGAAAAAAGAGCAAGAGGAGCUCAGGAACUACUCGUCACUGAUGAGGACUGAAAACAUGAAGACUAAUGAGGACGGCAACGAUUCAGAUGACUUCAUGUGAGAGGAGAAAACGAGGCAGCAUAAGACAGACAGCCUGCUGUCCGGCUGCUUUAGCUUCCUGUAACAGACACUGAAAAGAUUAAAAAAAACUCAGACAAACCUUUUUGGCUUUGGGACACUCGGAGCAGAAAGUGAGACAGCGAGGGAUUGAGGCGCCAGGACUCGUGGUUCAGAAACUGCUUUCAGACCAAACCGAGCUGAUUGACCUCCUUAUCGCAGAGAGGACACGGUGGACGAGGAAGCACGGGGCACCAGGAUUGAUGAGGGUCAUUUUAAGGGGGGAGACAUGCUCAGAUAGCAGAACAUUAUCUGAUGGAAUUUUCACUGCCUGAUGAUGUUCAUGCUCAUGAUGAUAAAACUGUCUGUGUCUGUGCGUUUGUUUCAUGUUGUUGCUCCCAGUGACAAUAUUUUUAUUUCCCCGCAUGACAGAUUUUAUUGAAUGCAGAUCAGUGUAUGAAUUAAAAAUCACGUUUAUUAUGAAAUCUUCUCGUGUAUUCAAAAUAGGACCAGUCAUUUCAUUUAGUUUGAGCUCUGAUGAAAAUACUAAGAAAAAACAAUAUUAAAUUUAUACAGUCUUCAUUUACAAAAGUAUAUCAUAUUUUUUCUUAUUUGCCAUCAUGACUCCUGAUGUUUACAGACCAGUGUAAAUAUCUUUUAAAGUUAAAAUUGAGUUUUUGCACAACAAUAGCCAGUAAAUCAUAACAACAUGCUGCUUAUUGUAAUAUAGAGUUAUUACCUUCGGAGGCUAUGAACCCACAGCCUUUAACACUCAGCCUUAAUAAACACAAACACUGAUCUCAGGCAAGCUGGAUGUCUCAUUAAAGGUCACAUUUUAUUCUACACUGGGAAUCUUUUCAAGGUGCUUUCAAUAGUCAUUACGCAUUGUGAUAAAGUACAUAAAGAGGUGUGUUUAUUGUGCAGACUUAUAAAAUUCUCUGUUGCUGUGACGGAGAGCUUAUGGUCAUUUGGAAGAUGAUCCCUCUGUGAGCAACACUCCCCCACUUUUAUAACAGCUGUUUAGGACAUAUCACUAUUUUUAAUUUUACAACGUGGUUUAUGAGCUUUAUUGGGCAUUAAAAAGGUUCCUUAUCACCCCAAAACACUGCGCAAACUAAAAUGAAGUAAUGUAUUAAAAGUAAUAUAAGUAAUAACUAACCUGUUCAUAUAUCAGUAUAGACUUAAACUGUGCUGUGGCAGCAAGAAGCUCAUAACAA